CUGCCUUUAAAUACAUAUAUAUUUUGUUUUCAAUUCAAUUAUUCAUACAUUUAUUGUUUAAUUAAUUAAUAAUUUAAUUGUCUUUAUAUUAAAUGAUGAGUUCUUGAGGUCUAUUGUCUCAGUUUAGCCAUCAGUGACUGUUGACUAUUGUUAACAUUUAUAUCAAUUAUUCCAGUGAUGGAAGUGAUGGACAGUCAGUUGAUUAUGCAAUCAAUCAUUUCAUCCGUCAAACUCUUAUUAGUGAUCAGUUAUGUCAUCGAUUCAUGUCUAACCAUCAGUAAUGAAGAAAUUGAGAACCACUUAGAGAUGGGCCGACAGAUGCUAUCUCGAGGUCAAUACUCGGACGCAUUGUCACACUAUCAUAUGGCAGUUGAGGCUGAUCCGAAUAACUACCUGACAAUCUUCAAAAGAGCCACAGUUUAUCUCGCUUUAGGUAAACAUAAGGCAGCUCUCGAUGACCUCAACGAAGUGAUAGUUUUGAAACCAGAUUUUUUGGCCGCACGUCUUCAGAGGGGAUCAGUUCUUCUAAAACAGGGCCGACUCGAUGAGUCACACAUAGAUUAUGAAUGGGUUCUUCGGUUAGAACCAUAUAAUGAAGAAGCUGUUCAUUCUUAUUCAAUGAUUGAACCGCUCAAACAUGAUAUACAAACAGCAUAUCUUCUGAUUGAAGAUCACGAUUGGCCACAAGCUGUAGAACUAUUGACUCGAUUACUUCAUGAACUUCCGUGGGAUUGUAAGCUCCGUGAGAUGCGAUCAAUGGCUUAUGAAAAGUUGGGUGACAUUGUUAAUGCCAUUUCCGAUUUGAGAGCCACAACCAAAAUGCGUUCCGAUAAUACUGAUGGCUAUCUAAAGAUUAGUAAACUUCACUAUGAUUUAGGAGAAGCAGAUGAAUCACUUAAUACUAUUAGAGAAUGUCUAAAGUUAGAUCCCGACCACAAGCUAUGUUUCAAUCAUUAUAAGAAAGUAAAGAAAUUGGCCGCACAAGUGAAGACCAUGAAUGAGUUUGCACUCGAAGGACAAUAUAAUGACUGCUCUGACAAAGCAAAGUUGGCUCUCAAGACUGAGUCUGAAAAUCCUAAUAUGAUUCAUAUGAUUAAGUCAAAGAUGUGCCACUGUUUGACUAAAGGCGGUGACGCCAAUGAAGCCAUUACUGUCUGUUCAGAGGCUUUAAAGUUAUAUCCCGAAGAUGUUAAUGUAUUGUGUGAUAGAGCUGAUGCUUAUCUCAAUAAUGAAGAUUAUGAAAGAGCUCUAAACGAUUUUAAGAGAGCUCAUCAAAUAGACGAACACUCGUCUAGAGCUGAGGAAGGCAUUAAAAGAACACAAAAGUUGGAAAAGCAAAGUAAAAAACGAGAUUAUUAUAAGAUAUUAGGUGUACCACGAAAUGCAAACAAACGGGAGAUCACCAAAGCUUACCGUAGAUUAGCGAUGCAAUGGCAUCCGGAUCAGUACCAAGGUGACGAGAAAAAGAUGGCUGAAAAGAAGUUUAUCGACAUUGCCUCAGCUAAAGAGGUGCUAACGGAUCCAGAAAAAAGACAAAAGUUUGAUAACGGCGAGGACCCACUUGAUGCUGAGGCUCAGGCCAACGCAGGAUCUCAUGGAUUCAAUCCUUUUGGUAAUGGAUUCAAUCCAUUUGGUGGUUCUAAUGGUGGUUACAGUUUUAAAUUUACUUAUGGAUAGAGUUUUAAACUAAUCCAUAGUUUUUGUUUGUUUGUUUGGACAUACAAUUACCGUAAUUAUAGCUUUAAUUGUUAUAAUUAUCUGUAUGUUUCAUAUUCUAG